AUGUAUAAUAUGAGAUUUAAUCGUGUGAAUCUAGACGAUUUACAACAUUUUAUUACUCAAGGAGAUGAAGAAAAGGUAGCUGCUAUCCUUCAGCGUUUAGUUGACGAUGUUCACAUUAAGAAGGACAUUUGUACAUCCUAUUUCAAUAAUGUAAGCAACAAAUCCAAAAUUUUACUGGGCUUAUUUAAAUUACUGCAAUCACUAAGGCCAAGGUUAGCUGGGAAUGCAUCUUAUAUUAUCGGUACCUUGGCUGAAAGUGAAGUUUAUCGACAUGAAAUUAUGAAUUUGUUGUUAAAUUCGUCUAAAGGUGCCAUCAAAAAUGCAUUAAAGAAUUUAACCUCUAUGAUGCUUGCGGAUGACGAUGAGACCAUUAUUAACGCUGCCGGCACCCUAGGAACUUUGGCUGAAAGUUCAGAAGGUCGUAACUGGAUAGUGAACCAGGAUAUAAUUUCUCAUACUAUCAGCUCAAUAACCAAUCUCCUAUCUUCUAGAAAUUUGUGGAUAGCAAAUAAUGCUGCCCUUGUUUUAGCAAGACUGACGAUUUCAGAAGUAGGUUGCAAAGUUAUAAUUAAUCAUCGCGAUUCAGAUCGCAUAUUAAGCGAAUUAAUAGAGGCCUUAGGUGCUGAUAAAGCAGGAAGAGGUAUGAAUGCAGCCUUUGCUGUUGGUAGAAUGUGCGAUAUUAAGGAGUCUAGAUCUAAGCUAUUAGCUCUUGAUAAUAGCCCAAAAAUGCUAUCAUCAUUAGCUGAAAUGUUAGCUUGUCCUGAUCUGGGUUCUGGCAAAAAUGCUUGUUACGCAGUUAGUUGUUUAGCUGCUAGUGAAGACGGUCAUGACCAGACUGUCCACAGCAAGCAUGCUGCCUUUAUUUUUAUUCAAUUGGUUAAUUUAUUAAAUACUAACGAUGCAGAAACUGGAUGGUUUGCUGCUAUGACCUUAAGAACGCUUGCCUCACGUAAAGAUGGACUUUUACAAUUAAGGAAAAAUAGUACCAUUGUUAAAUCAAUACAGGAAGUAUUGCAAAAGAAAUUUGUAAGUAGCGAUAUCAAGGCUGAAUUAGAAGAGGCCUUGAAGUUGUUGGAAAGAUUACAGAAGCCACCACCUCCUGUCUUGCAAGGUAAUGGAGAGGAUGCAAUUAUUAUAACAUGGAAUGAAACCGUGCAAUAUAAUGGCCUUCCUGUAAAAUAUAAACUUCAGCAAGGAGAUCAAAGUGUUUAUGUUGGUGAGGAUCGGACAUUUACUCUCAGCAAGUUAAAACCGGAUACUCAGUAUGAAUUUAGAUUAAAGUUGAUCAGUGAGGGAGAUGAAAGCCCCUUCAGUGAAAUAGCCUGCAUUAAGACUCCAGAAUCAACGCCAUCAGCUCCAGUGGAACUUGAGAUACAGUCAGUGACUUCCUGUAAAGUUGAACUCAUCUGGAAAGAACCCCUGGAGAAAAAUGGAAACAUUGUAGCAUACGAGAUCUAUGAAGCAUCACAGUCAAUGCCUAAGCCAAGUCUGAAUACUGAUGGAGACAAUGUUACCAUCAGUUGGAAAUUUCCAGAAACUCUGGAAGAAAAUGUGAAUCAAUUUCAACUGCUAAUAGAUGGAAAGGUAGUAUACACUGGACAAGAAACACAAUAUAAAAUGACAUCCGCACCGAUCAAAAAUAAAGAAUAUAAAUUUAGAGUUUAUUUAUGGACAAAGGAGGGUGAAAUUAUACAGAGCGAAAUCUUAGUUACAGCCAUAUCAUUACAACUAGAAACUACUGAUACAGUAGAUACAAAAGACUAUAGUGAAUAUCUGGAAUCUCAGGAAGUUACAAGCGUUGAUGAAGUAAAUUCAGAAGUAGAUACAAUUAAAUCUAGCCGAACGACGACGAAAUCGGAGACGAAAACCUCGAAGGUUAAACAACGGAAAGAAAAGAAAACUUCUAAAAAUAAGAAUGCCAAAUCUGCAACGGAAAGUAGCGUUGAAACAGAAAUAAAAGGAAAGCAGGAAAAGUCAAAAAGUACGAACAAGAAAGCAAAACAGCCCAAGAAUCAUUGUCAUCCAGUGAAAAAAUCAAAAUCAAUUAGUCAUCAUAGCAGCCAUCGGAAAUACAGCGAUUCAUACCUUAGCAAAGACGAUAGUCUAGAUAGCAUAAAUCGUUUACUUGCUAAGAUAUCUUAUGAUGACCUCAAAAGCAAAGACUCCUCUCAGAGUUUAACAAAUAGUAGCUCGAAUUCAUCGAAAGAGACUCGUCCAACUGUCGUUCGUACAUCUAGCAAUCAGCAAGAUCGUAUAAAAGAGAAAGUUAAGUCUAUCAAGCAAAUGGUUUCUGCUAACAUUAAUGCGAAAUCAGCUCGCCCCAAGAGUAUGUCUAAAUCAGCUUCCUUAGAUUCCAUUCGAGAAUUACAUCUGAAAAAGCAUCGUUCAAUCAAAUUACCACUCGAAAAUUCCAGCCGUUACAGUGUGUUACAGCCAUUAGAAAAAAAGCGAUCCGGAAAGCCAGUUGAGCAAAGUGAAAAUAACGUGCGCUAUAGCAGUGGAAAUGGACAAAAAUCAAUACCAAGUUAUCAUGCUGUAGACAACAUUGAUUUAGAAAAUAUGACUUCAUCUAGCCCUUGGCCAGGACAACACUACCAGGACUACGAAGAUUCAAGUGAUUCUAUCUUCACUAAGGAAGAUGAUUCAGCAGGCUAUUCAAAAUGGAGCUACCCUAAUCAUCCCCAUACACCGUCAUCUAAAGAUCCAGUAGUAUUGCAAAAAUAUAAUUUGGAGUUAAAAUUGCAUUCACAAAGCGAUAUUAAAGCAAUGCCAAUUAAGAAAAGAUUUAUACCUAUGCGAAUGAAACCUGUUUUUGAAUCGCAAACAAAUCCUAUCGGUUCUAAUCCCAAUCAUCAUAAUAGCAACAACAAUAAUAAUAGCAAUAGCAGUAAUCCCCAUCAGCGCAUAACGAAGGCUAAAGCUAAUCUGCCAGAGUUGGGUUCAGCAAGCAGUAGUACUUCCAAUAAUAGAAGUUAUCAUUCAGGUAAUCAUGGCAAUGAAAGGAUUAGCGCUAAUUAUUUUACUGGUGUGGCUACCAUUCCACCAAUUGAUCAAAAAUCUCAAUUAAGUAAGCUGUCAUAA